UUGGUGCAGUGGGCUCUGAGCCGGGGUCUGGGCCAAAGGGGAGAGCUGAGACAUUCCUGUGGGCCCGGACCCCCAAGUCCAGCCAUGCCUCUAUCACAGCGCCCAUGUGGACGGCACAGGGAAGGCGGGUCUUCUCAGCACACGGGGGCCCCAUGGGCCCCUGAGGACCCCCAGCCCCGAGUGAUGUUCUGGGGCAGCUUUGCUUCCAGUGUGUUGGGGGCAGGUUGUUUCUGGGAAGAGCUGGCGAGCCCAGAGCAGGGAUGCACCCCUCCCAGGCUGGGCAGUGCCAGAUUUGGGAUCCUGUGUCCCCAGUGCCCCACGGGACUUUUUUUCUAAAGUGACUCACGUCCCCAGCCCACUUCUGUGAUGAGGUCCGUGGAUUCCUUUGUGGUAGGUUGGCGGGCACUCCACCUGGCUUUUAGCCUCUUUCAAGGGGAUGGGGCCGCAAAAGACCUUUUCCAUCCUGGCAGGGGAGCCCUCCAUGGGGGGCACAGGGGUCCAAGUGUGGGGAUCUGAAUGGGAGAAAUAAAGGAAUUGUACCCAGACAACUGGUGCCAGCUUCUCGUUCCCAUCCAGCGUGGGCCACGGUCCAGUUUCCCAGUAUUCACAGGCCCACUGGUGGGGGGGGGCAACCCAGGAUGCAGCCCUCCUUCAUGUGUGGUGCAGGUAGGCAGUGCCCCAGCGGGGACACCACCGAGAGAGAGAUGCAGGCGAGAGGCUCAGAGACCCACAAGUGGGGAAGCACCUGGGGCCGCCCCACGCCCAUGGAAGGGAGGCCCCUGGCCACUGCAUCCUUGUCCCCAUUGCUCCUGGGGCCGCUGCAGAGCCCUCGGGGAAUGCACUCUUUCCCUCUCCUUGCAUCCUGGCCACUGUCCUUGUCUGCAAGCUCAGGUGCACCCAAAACACGGGCCGCCCCGUCAGCACGCAGACCCGCUGGGCUCCAAGGUGUGUGGUGUGGCUGCGGGGCGUUGGGUUUCCUGGGCAAGGGGUUGCCUCUGAGACACUGACCUUGUCACAGGGAAGCCCCCCAACAGCCCUCGUGGGCGGGUCUGGGCAACAGUAGAGAGCAGGGCCACCUGGGUGGGGUGAGGCACCUGAGUGUCAGUGCUGGCCUGAAGCAAGACUGGCCACAGCGCACCCGGCUUCAGGACCCGGUGUGGGGAGAGCGCAGGCACUGUGUUCUCAGCUGCUCAGGUGUUGGUUAUGUGUUAAGGGGGUGAUAUUGUAGUUACACUGGGUUAAAUAAAAUUCACUCCACCUGUCUCUCUCACUGAGGUUGCUCAAAUCACCAGUGCAACUGCUCUGUGGCCGGCACCCUUUCUUGGUGGCUCUGCUCUGGCCAUGUCCCCCUGUGGCACCCUGUGCCCUCGGCCUGGUUGUUGGGCUGGCUGUGUUCAGCAGGUCCUGGGCUCCAGCUUCCCUGCUCGGGUUCUCUGACCAGAGGGCCAGUGAUUGCUCCUGGGCCUCCCUCCCUUCCUGCCCAGGCCAGGGGGUUCCUGCCCGUGUCAGGCCAGCAGCCAUCCCUGCUGGCUGGCCAAGUGGUACCCGCUCAGAUCCUUCUAAAAACGGGCAGUUGGGGAGGCCUUGACGGAAUGGGAAAGCUGAGGGCUCAGGUUCCACUGGCAGUUGGGCUGUGAAGUCAGGAGGUUCUGGUGAGAAAAAGAAGGUUCCAGAAGAGCCCCCGCUGCCCUGCCUACCAAGCCUACCUUGGUUUUGUCUUGGAAGGAGAGAUGUGAGGGCAGAGCUACCACUCCACACCUCACGUGCUCCCCCUGGAUCCCAGAGCCUUCAGCUCUGACUUUUCCUGCCUCUCUCCGCCUUCCCCUAUCCCCCUCCUGCAACCGCCCUGAGGUCCAGCUGUGGGCAGCUGUGGGGUGCUAGGCCCAGGGCUUCUUGGCAACGGCCAAAACCACAGGCAGGGCUGUUGGUAAAGCUAUAUCAGGUGAGUUGAAGCGGAGCUGGGAAGACCACCAGGCAAGAGCCUGCACGAGGGUCUGGGCCACGUGGGACGGCUUUGCUUCCUGACCCCCAGCUCUCCUCAGAGCCCAGGCGCUCCAUCUGAAGCUGGCCAGGCAGGCACUGUCCCAUUCCUGCUGUCCAAUGCUGUGUGUCCUCAGGUGGGGCCCUGGACUUUUCUGAGGCUGAGCUUCCUACAUGGACAGUGAGAGCUGGGCCUUGCUGUGGGACCCAGCGGGAUGAGCCACGAGCCGUCAGACAGCAACCUCUCGUUAGGGACCUCGCCACCCUCCCAGCCGGGCACCAUCACCCCGGAGGACCUGGAACUCCUCCUGGAGGACGGGCUGGCCAGCUCCGAGCCCUUGAGUCUGGAGGAGAGCUCGGAGAGGUAUGAGUCCAGCUGCCUGCCGUCCACCGCUUCUGUCCCAGAGCGGGACACCCCCAAGCACUGGAAGCAGCUGGAGCACUGGGUGGCCGACCUGCACGAGGUGGUGUCGCUGCGGGGACACAAGGCCUGCUGUGAGCGUACCACGCUGAGCCUGCUGCAGGAGCUGCUGCAGGUCCACACCUGCUUGCAGCUGCAGGACUCAGAGCUGAAGAGGCUUCAGCAGGCGGCUCAGGCCCCCGAGAAGGAGGCUCUCCAGUUCCCCAGCCUGCAGAACCAGAACCAGAUGCAGGCCCUGGACAAGAGGCUGGUGGAGGUCCGGGAGGCCCUGACCCAGAUCAGGAGGAAGCAGGCACUCCAGGACUCUGAGCGGAAGGGCGCCGAGCAGGAGGCCAGCCUUUGGUUGUCUGAGCUGACCGAGAAGCUGAAGCAGGAGGAACGGGACCGGAAGGUGGCCUGUGGAGCCCUGCAGAAGAGCCAGGAGGAGGCCAGCCAGAGGGUGGACCAUGAGGUGGCCAGGAUGCAGGCCCAGAUGACCAAGCUCAGGGAGGAGAUGAGCCUCCGCUUUCUCAAGAGGGAGGCCAAGCUAUGCAGCUUCCUGCAGAAGAGUUUUCUGGCCCUGGAGAAGAGAAUGAAGGCCUCAGAGAGCGCACGGCUGCCACCGGAGAGCGGCCUAUGGGAGGAGCUGGAGAGCCAGUGGCAGCAACUCCAGGAGCUGGACGCAGAGUGCACGUGGGCCCUGCAGGGGCAGAGGCAGGAAGAGUGCCACCUCCUGGAGCAGUGUCGGGGCCUGGACAAGGCCGUGGUCCAGCUGACCGAGUUCGUGCGUCAGAACCAAGCAUCGCUGAGCCACAUCCUGCUGGCCGAGCAGAAGGCCUGGGAUGCUAAAGGGAAGUUGGAGAACAGCCGGGCUGGGGAGCUGGCUACCUACCUGCAGGAGAACCUGGAGACCAUGCAGCUGGCCAGCGAGCUGGCCCAGCAGGAGAUGUACAGUGCCCUGGAGCUGCUCUGAGAGAAGAGCCAGGCCCUGGAGGUGUCCGUGGCUGAGCUGGUCAGGCAGGUGAAGGACAUGAGUGACCACUUCCUGGCCCUGAGCUGGAGGCUGGACCUGCAGGAGCAGACGCUGAGCCUGAGGCUGUGCGAGGCACAGAGUGAGUGGGGAGUUGCAGAGCAGCGAUGGCGGGAAGGCCUGGCCCGGUGUCGAGAGGAGGCCGAGGCGCACCUACGGGAGGUGCAGCAGAGAGUGGACAGCCUGCCCCGGCAGAUAGAGGCCAUCGCCGACACGUGCAUCCUUCACAAGAGUGACUCAGACUUCAAGAUCCCUGCCGAGGCCAAAGCCAGAGAGCUCGAGGGCGAGGCCGUGAGGCAGGAGCUGGCUGCUCUGCCGUCCUCUGUGCAGCUGCUCAGAGAGGGCAACCCCGGGCGGAAGAUCGCCGAGAUCCAGGGCAAGCUGGCCACGUUUCAGAACCAAAUGAUGAAGUUGGAAAGCAGCAUCCAGUACAAGACCAUUCAGAAUCUCAAGUUUAAUACAGAAACCAAGCGGCGCACGGAGGAGAUGGCCACUCCGCUGUCAAGCGUGAUGUACCUGUGGAGCGAGGGGGGCCCCCUGGGCCCUACGCUAGGCAGCAGGAGGGUCCUCAUGUCCCUGGUGAGGCAGCAGUUCUUCAUCAAGGAUGUGGCCCCUGACGAGGUGGUCCCCAUGAACCACUGGGGCAUGUAUCAGGCCGUGAGGUGGCUGCGGUGGAAGGCGGUCCUCAUGAAGCUGGCGGCCUGGCGGAGGCCAAGGGCGGUCUCGGAGAAGCCCCUCGGCUAG